UUUGCCAGAGUUGCAGCACAGACACACACGGACUCCCACACUGGCUCCAGAAGUUUCCCAACACUGGGCAUCCUCAGCAGAUGUGCACCGAGCUGGGAUUGGCUUCAGACCAUGAACUCCACUUGGCUGAGCGAGGCGGUGAAUCGUUCCACCCCGGCGAAGGCUGAUACUGUCCAGGCUCUCCUCAACUGCUGCAAUUCCACCUGGGUGGUGAGUGAUGAAGGAGCCGGCGGGAGCCCUCCGGACGAGGGCGACCUGUACACCAUGAGAGUGGUCCAGAUCGCGGUUCUCUGUGUCCUCUCGCUGACCGUCAUCUUCGGCAUCUUCUUCCUGGGCUGCAACCUGCUGAUCAAGUCGGAGAGCAUGAUCAACCUCCUGGUGAAGGACCGGAGACCAUCCAAAGAGGUGGAGGCUAUAAUCAUCGGCUCUUACUGA